GUUAUAGGCACGUGAAAUAUUAUCGUAGUAUUUGCACUGGCAAUUAUCAGGUCCAAUCAGGUCUACGCAGGUUUGCACAGGUCUGCAGCAAAUUUCAGCAUGGGUUCUAGAAGCGAGGAUGAGGUUAAGUGCAGAAAUCCGUAUGCCUAUUUGGACAGGACGGACUUUAGCUCGGAGAAGUACAAAAUUGAGGUACGAGGCUUGCCCAAACAUUAUGGCUUUGGAGAAUUUAGAAAGCUACUCAACGACAAACUGGAAUUACAGUCGAGUAAGGUUAAACCUCCGAAGAAAGGCAGCGAGUGGUUGUAUGUUUGUUUUCGGAGUGCAGAAUGUCGGGAUAAGGCAAUUUCAGUGAUUAAUGGGCUCUCGUGGAAGGGAUCGAAGUUAACUGCACAGAUGGCUAAACCUGCGCCUGAUCCUUUAAUAAAGAGAAAGAUCGAAGAUGAAGAUCGUAAUUAUAAGAAACGGAAAGACGGCGAAGGGUAUGAAGCAAUUCCUCCUAUGCAGCGGGUGAAACAGAGUACAACACCGUUUUGGAACGUUAGCUAUCCAGAACAAUUAAAGCUGAAGCAAAAGAAAAUGGAAGGAGUUCUUAAAACAUUGGGGCAGGAAAUUCUGAAAGGAAAUGCUAAUUUAGCCGAUUGGUUAGCUAGUCGAAGGGAAAAAUAUUCAGGCUUGCCAUGCGAGCUGUUACCGAUUCUUAGUGCUUCAGAAAUUGAAGGUUAUAGAAACAAAUGUGAAUUUACCAUAGGAAAAGCUGAGAAAGAUGAUCAAACUAUCAUUGGAUUUAGGUUAUCUAGUUAUGCUGCUGGAUCUACAGCAGUAGGCCCUAUCGACGAUCUCUGUCAUAUUCCUGAAAAUAUGAAGAGAGCUGCAAAGAUUUUUGAGGAAUUCGUUAGAAAUUCCAAAUUUACCGUCUUUGAUCCUAUACAUAACAGUGGAUACUGGAAACAACUUACUGUCCGAACAUCUAAACUUGGUCAUCUAAUGUUAAUAAUUGGAAUCGAUCGUCAAGAUUUGAGCGAGGGUGAUGUGAUCGAGCUCAAAAAGAGUAUAUUGGAAUUUUUUGAGAAGGGAAAAGGGGCCGAGGCUAACGUCACCUCCUUAUAUUUUCAAACGAUUGAAAGAAAGGGCAUAGGUGGAGAAGGUGGUGGUUCAUUGGAACAUUUAAGUGGGAUGAAAUAUAUCGAAGAGUCGCUCAUGGAUAUGACAUUCAGAGUUUCUCCUGACGCUUUCUUCCAAAUUAACACUCUCGGAGCAGAAGUACUUUACAAAGCUGCCAUUGACUUGGCUUCACCCGAUACUAACACAGCUAUUCUCGACGUCUGCUGUGGCACCGGGACCAUCGGACUCUGUUUUUCUAAGUAUUGUGGGGAGGUCCUGGGUAUGGAAACGGUGAGCAGCGCGGUCGAAGAUGCGAAGGAGAAUGCAAAGAAAAAUGGUGUAAAAAAUUGUGAAUUCUUUGUGGGCAAGGCAGAAGAUCUUUUAACGACGGUUGUGCAGCGAACAUCGAUGCCUGACAUCAUAGCAGUGGUCGAUCCGCCAAGAGCUGGAUUACAUCAAAGAGCUAUAUUGUCUCUGCGUAAAACUAAACAGUUGAAAAAACUGGUAUACGUGUCCUGUGGUCCCGAAGCUGCGAUAAAGAACUUCGUAGACUUUGCGAGACCUGCAUCUAAGCAUUACGUGGGGGAACCUUUGGUGCCGGUAAAAGCUGUCGCCGUUGACAUGUUCCCGCAUACGAAGCAUUGCGAACUCGUCGUAUACUUGGAAAGACUUUCUUCGGUGUGAAGAAACAUUCUUUCUUUUUUUUUUUUUUUCACGCAAUGUACAAUAAAGGAAACUGCCAGCA